AUGCUAGCGUAUAUACGCUUUACGCUGAAGGGGUUGAGCGUAUUUGGCAACUUAGUUGUCUCCUUCUCAAUUUCAUUCCCGAGCUCUCAUCUCCCGUUUUUCCUCAAGCAGUCUACCGUUCCUUUGUCGCGCGCCAUGGCAUCGAACUCCACCCCUCCAAUCGCGACGAGCAAUGUAGUCUCUGUUCACGUGUCUAGUAGUGAGAUCAACAAGGAGCCUGUUGAGGAUGGCCUUUCGAACCCUAUUUUGAAACAUUUUCUUAUUCCCCCCCAAACCAAAGGCACUCCCAAGCUUUGUAAGUUUUCUGGCUUCCAUUUUGAGGGCGGAACCACUCGCUUCGCAGUUCACAUCGAUAAACGGAAAGGGCAGGAGGAACGCGCUGUCAGGCUUUGCAAGGACGUGUCCCUGGAAGUCUGUGAAGAAGUGCGUGCCAUGUAUGAGAAGGAGGAAAAGCAGAGCUUGAUACGAGGGGCGGCCGCUGCAGCACUCGACUCUGUGCUGGGCGCGGUCGCUGGAUGUGCGGAGAAGAAGGUGAAAAUUACGGAUUUAUUCAGCGACGAGGCGACGUGCGCCAAGGAGGACGCGGAUAAUGCACUUUGCCUUAUGAUCACGGCGCUGAAACUUCCGGAGCGCAUCGUGGAUGAUCCAGGGUUCCGCUAUAUGGUCAAGUGCAUUGCACGUGCAGGACAGGGGUACGUCCCCCUCAAGAGGCGCUACAUUGGAGGGGCGGGCUUGAAGAAAGUUCGGCAGAAAAUGGAGGCAGCGCUCGCCCCCGUUGCCGCGAGCUGGAAGCGGGAUGGUGUCACCGUGUCGUCGGACAUCAUGUCCAACCAUUGUGGCCGCCCGCAGGCCAACAUGCUCCUUGUCAACGACUUAGGCGCGGUCUUCGAGCAGGCAGUGAACUGCCACAUGGAGUCGAAGACCGAGGGGUACAUCGCCGGCCUUCUUCGCCCCGUCAUUGAUAAGGUGGGGCUGGAGAAUGUGGUGGCGGUCUGCACCGAUGACGGCAGCAACUAUGCAUCGGCAGCCAGAAAGAUCACGAGCACAUGGCCGCACAUUGAGCAUGUGCCAUGUGCAACGCAUGUGCUGGACCUGAUGAUGGAAGACGUGGGCAAAAUAGGAUGGGCGAAGGGGCUUGUGGAGAAGGUGGGGGAGAUGAUCACCUUUGCGCGCAACCAGCACUUCACCCGUGCCUUCAUAAAGAAAGGGGGGGGGGGGGGGGGGGGGGGGGAACAGGUGCUCAAGCCCGCGGGGACCAGAUUCGGGACACAGUACAUAGCUGUGUCCUGGCUACGCGAGGUGAGGAGUGCACUGGCGCAGAUGGUUCUCAGCGAUGAGUGGAAUGGGUGGGCAGUGGGGGAGAGGAAGCCUGCAGCCGAGAAAUUCAAGGCUGCCGUGAUGGAUGAGGAGUGGUGGGGGGUGGCUGCCUUCGUUACCUCUCUCAUGGAGCUGCCAUUCAAGGUCUUGCGGGCCACAGACUCCACAUCGAAGAGGAUGAUGGGUAAGCUUUAUGAAAUGAUGCUACAGCUUACAGAGGACAUCAAUGACAAGCUGGACGAUGCAGGCGACUUCUUGACUCGGGCGGAAAGGGCAGAGAUCACCUGGAUUGUGAAGGACAGGUGGGACAUCUCCCUUGCCUGCCCCAUGCAUGUGGUUGGCCGGAUCUUGAAUCCGGCCAACCAGGUGGAGGGAAUUUUCAGGAACGAUGUGGAGUGCACGCGGAUAUUCAAGGACUACAUCGAGCGCCACUAUGACAACCUCACCUUCAGGCACGGCAAGGAUGGCGCCCCUCGUCGCGCCUCACUUGUGUUGCAGGAGGCAUUUCUGGCCUACAUCAACAUCGAGGGCAGUUUUGGCAGGCCGAGCGCCGUUACUGCAAGAGAAGCAGUGAAGAAGCGGGAGAUGAGCAUGGUGCAGUGGAGGUCGUGGCACAGCACCGAGUACCCGAAGCUUGCCACCCUCGCAUGCCGGGUGCUCACUCAGCCCGUCUUGGCUUCUCCAUGCGAACAUGGCUGGGCACAGUGGGAAGGCGUCCACACCGCCCGCCGCAACCGGCUUUGGUCCGCCAAGUGUGCGGACCUCGUUUACAUUGCGCAUAACUGGAAUGUUGUGCGCAAUUGGUACAACAAGGAUGGGGGCAGGGGCAGCACGGUUGUGCCCGGUAACAUCCCGGAUGCCCCUAUCCCUUCCGGCUAUAACAUGGACGAGGAUGAGGAUGAAAUGCUGGGGCCGGAAGGAGAGGAUGCAACACGGCGGAUGAGUCUGGGGAAGGGUUGGUGGUAG